AUGGCUCCCAAACCCCACCUCAGUAUCAGAGGAAUCUCUGAGCAGCAUUACAAGCAAGUCUGUCAAGCAAACGGGGCUGCCCCAACUGCACUCGAAAUCCAGAAGAUCAGAUCUGCAGUGCAUGCCUCCAUUCCCACAAGUGAGACCGUCAUCAAAUACUUCCAGUAUGGCUUGCUGUACUUCUUGCCAAGGUCUACCGUUAUCUUCAGAAAAGGCAGCUUACUGGUGGGAUGGUGUUAUCAGCCAGACGGAUCCAAGCAGGAAGUCUGGUUCAGGCAACACAACGCAAGAGGCAUGAUCUCUUCUAAGUGUGGCGCGCCACCUGGUUCCAGACUCAAUAUAGAUCGCCAGCUCCGCCUUUGUGAUGAAUGGCAUCCAUCGGUGGAGACGAUCUGCAAGCAUUGGACGCCAGAUCAUCCUGAGAGCCGCCGGAUGCAGUACGCUUAUCUUGCCGCAACAAUCCGCUACCUCAAAACCAGACCUCAGCUUCCAUCGUUCGAAGAUCGCAGCGUACCAAACAGAAACACGAAUUCUGGACAGAAUGUCGACGCGAAUUCUCGAAUUCUGGACAAGAUAGAGCUUCCAAGAGUAACUCGACGGGCGAAAAGAGUGCUUGAGGGUAAGACAUCCAUUGACGAUAUGGCCACGACACCAGGGUCCGAUUUCAAGGCUGCGAAAGAGGACCUAUCCAACAGAGCAAGGCCUUCUGUGGUUGUCGAUCUCACUGAACCCGACUCUGAGGAUGAAGUCAAGCCUGAAUCAUCCGAUGUCCCUAGUCCUACUCUCGUCGCCCACCCCGAGAUUCAGUCAUUCCCCCAGCCUAAACAAAAACUCCUAGAUAUGCUCCAGAGCAAGAAAGUCAAUGAGAUUGAGGAUAUGCUGGCCAAGAAGUCUGGUCAACUUCCCNAUUGGAUCGAGAAGACCAUGAAGGAGGAAAUGGAGAAGCAGAUGGCUCGCGAUCUCAAAAUGGUCGAAAAUCUCUUCUGA